CUCCGAUGGUCUUCGAUGACGGUCGACCUCCCCUCCCCCAACGGUGUCGCGACCCACAGUUGAGAAACGCUGUUCUCUAGGGUCUUCUCUGCCCCCCACCCCGCAACACUCGAGUUCACCGAGUCUUCUACUGGUUUCUCCUGCUCUCCUCCUCAGCCCGCCCCUUGCCGCUGUCCUCGGGUCUCAUUGGCCCCUUAUCUCCCCAGUAACCAGACCACAACGGUGAGUGUGGAGCUGCAAGGACAGGUCAGGCGCAUAAGCAGGUAGAGCCGAGACCUCGUCCCAACUCCGAGCCGGCCGGGCUCAGAGGUGCUGAGAGGAGACCCAGGGACCGAGUCAGAGUCAAGCCGCAGGAUCCAGACUGUGUGUGUUUGGGGAGCGCCGCCUCUGUGGCCAGGAUGCGUUUGGGUCUGUCGACCAGGAGCGCCCGCUCCGAAGAAGGAAGCGAUGUCUUCCUGGAGGGACCGGGGGAUUGGGAGCUCCACCGUCUGCAACGACAAUGCAAGGUGAUGGAGGGGGAACGGCGGGCGUACAGCAAGGAGGUUCAUCAGCGCAUCAAAAAGCAACUCGAGGAGAUUCGGCAGCUGGAGGAGUUUCGAGACAAGCUCCAGAUGCAGAUCGGCGUGGCGCAGAGCCAGGUCAAGCGACUAGGAGACGCCAAGCGUUUGGAGGACAUGGAUCGGCUACUCAAGUGCAGAGCCCAGGUGCAGGGCGAGGUGGAGGCGCUGCAAGAGCAGACGCGGGCCCUGGACAAGCAGAUCCAGGAGUGGGAGAACCAUAUGCUCACCCGGGGUAAGGAAUGCUCGGCUCCCGGUGUCAUCCUGGACCAGAAGGUGAAGAUCCAGAGACGGAUCAAGAUCCUCGAAGACCAGCUGGACAGGGUCACCUGUCACUUCGACAUCCAGCUGGUGAGGAACGCAGCCCUGCGGGAGGAGCUAGACGUGCUGCGCAUCGAGAGGAGCCGCUACCUGAACAUGGACCACAAGCUGAAGAAGGAGAUCCACCUGCUCCGGGAGACGGUUGGAGCGCUCAGCACGUCCUCUACUUUUGCUUACACAGCCAGGGAAGAGGCCAAGACCAAGAUGGGCUUGCUGCGGGAGCGCGCAGAGAAGGAGCUGGCUCAGAAUGAGACGGAGGCGCAGAUCUUGCUGAGACAGAUAUCGCAUCUGGAGCAGCUGCACCGAUUCCUCAAGCUCAAGAACCACGACCGGCAGCCGGAUCCUGACAUGGUGCAGAAGCAGGAGCAGCGAGCGCUGGAGGUGGCAGAAGGCCUCCGAAAGACCUCCCAAGAGAAGCUAGUACUGCGUUAUGAGGACGCUCUGAACAAAUUGGCCCAACUGACCGGCGAGAGCGACCCUGACCUGUUGGUGGAGAAAUACCUGGAGUUGGAGGAACGCAACUUUGCUGAGUUUAACUUCAUCAAUGAACAGAACUCUGAGCUGCAUCACCUUCAGGAAGAGAUGAAAGAGAUGCAGGAAGCCCUAGUCAGCGAGAAGGCCAGUCAGGGUAACCGGAACCUGCAGCAAGAGCAGCAGUGCAGAGCCUUGCAGCAGAAUGUGGAGAAGAUGUCCUCUGAGUCCAAGCAGCUGGAGCUGCGCUUCCAGGCUCUCCGAGCUCAGCUGGAAAAGCUCAAGAUUGACAUCCAGAUUCUCUUCGACAAUGCGCAGUGUGACAGCAGUGCCAUCAAGGAUCUCCUCGGGGUCAAGACCUACAUGCGGGACAGGGACUUGAGCCUCUUCCUGAGCACCAUCGAGAAGCGGCUGGUGGAGCUCCUCAUAGUGCAGGCCUUCCUCGAGCACCAGAACCAUACCCCUUUGGCUGAAGUUGCACUUCUGGCAUUGGGCCAGAGCCAAGAGGACCCCCCAAAGAAGACUACCCCGCUCCAGCCACCUGACACCAUGGAGGACUCCUCAGGUAUUGUAGUCAGAGACGAUUACCCUAUGAGCAAAGAGGAACUGCUGAGCCAAGUCAUGAAGUCGGUGGCACUCCAGGACCUGGAGGAGACCUCAAAGAAGGUGGACAGCAGCCCGAGCUUGGCUUUCUCCAGCACUCAGAUCUCCCUGUCAACCCCUACCCUGGGGAUCCCUAGGAAGACCAGCACUGUCCCUGAAUCCAUCCUGAGCCACAAGAGCCGAGGCCGUGGCACUGGCUCCAUAAGCCAUGUCACUUUUGGUGACUCUGCCUCCGUUGCAGGCCCCGUGACCUUGGCUUCUGCCAGUGCCAGUGGAGCACUGGCGUCCAGCCGGAGCUCUUUUGGGGUCCGUGGGAGCUUCAAACCCACCAGCUCCAGCAGCUACCUGGGGUCCACUGGCUACCUAGAGACCAGCCGAGGCCGCGAUAGCAUAGGAGGUGGCAUGCAGACUCAGAGCAUGGGCUCAGAGUUGAGUAGAGGCCUUACUUCCAGCAGCAUCCCGGCAUCCAGUCCUCCCCCUGUCUCCAGGCCCAGUUCUUCUACCAGCAAGGAAUCGAGGGGCUACAAUUAGGGGUGCAGGUCCCAUCCUGCCUAAACUUUUGGCAGGUUUUCUAACCUCUGCCUCCCUUCUCCCCAGAAAUUCCUCUCCAACCUCCCAUAAGCCCAGGCCUCUUAAGUUUU